AUGCCUGUCACAGUGCUCUCGGACCACGAUGUACAGAAGGUACUACACUCUCUUACCAGUCAAGAUAUCAAUGAUAUCCAGCAAUCUCUCGCCGAUGCUCUGCAUCAGUACUCUACCGCUGGAGAGGAAGAUGGCUGCUGUUCGGCUUAUCAACCUCAACGAAUCCAUAUGAAUCGUACCGAUGGAGCGACGAGCUUGUUCAUGCCAGCAUCUAGCAGCUCUGGCAUGGGUGUCAAGGUCAUCACUCUCGAUUCAGUCAAGAAACCAGAAAUCACUCCGGAUCUCAAGCGCCUGUCUAUUGGCUCGACAAAGUCGACACAUUCGACUUCUACUAGUGGUUCUAAGUCUCGACCUACUUCCAUGUCUGGUCCUAGUCGUAACCCCUCAACCUCGAACGAUAUAAAGCCACCUACCGCACCUCGCGGAUCUCUGACAUUGUUCGACGACCAGGGAAAUCCUAGUGCCCUCAUCAAUGCCGAAGAGCUCACUGCGUUCCGAACAGCUUUGACUAGCUGUAUACUUCUCAAGAGGAGACACAAGGUGCACGAUUUGACCGUCUUUGGUGCAGGAAAACAAGCCUACUGGCACAUUCGCCUGGCUCUGCUUCUCCGCGGUUCAGAGAUCCAUCAUGUUAAUGUUAUCAACCGCUCCUUCGACAGAGCACGAGAAAUGCUGAUGAAGCUGUACAACCCUUUCCCUGAUGAUCCGGAGUUUGAGAACCCAUUGGGCUUUAAAUAUGGAAGCAGGACAAAAACCAGUAUCCUUACCACAGGUCAUACCGAGUACAUACGUUUGCUCAAGGAAUACGUUCGAAGUGCAAAUGUCAUCUUUUGUACUACACCAAGCACGCAGCCAUUGUUCCCUGCAAGCUAUUUGUUGAAUCCCGAGGGUCGCAAGAAGGGCCGCUAUAUUGCACUGAUCGGGUCAUACAAACCUCACAUGAUUGAGCUGCACCCAGAUGUCAUCAAGAAUGCUGUCGCACCUCACCACGAACAUCGCCACUUCCACAAGCAUCAACAAGAGGGUGGCGCGAUCAUCGUCGAUAGUGUCGAAGCAUGCUUGCAGGAAGCCGGCGAGCUCAUUCAAGCAAACGUACAACCCGAUCAGGUCGUCGAGAUUGGCGAACUCGUGAUGUUGAGACGCGAGGCCGAGAAAGCAGCAGCCGAGGCAGCAAAGAAGGGAGACGAUGACAACAAAGGCGCAGGCAUCCAGGUAUCUGAUACCUCAGGGCUGAAGGAAUGGCUCUGUAAGGGCAAUGUUGUUGCAAAGAUUGUUGGAUUGGGCCUUAUGGAUGUGGUCGUUGGCAAUGAAGUGGUCAGGAUAGCUCGUGAGCGUGGCAUCGGCACGCACAUUGCCGAGUUCUAA